AUGUCCGAACAAAAACUCCGUAUUGCCAUCGUUGGCGGUGGCUUGGGCGGCACUUGCAUGGCACAUGCGCUCAUCAACAAGCCCCAUCUCAACGUUCACGUCUACGAGGCCGCCCCCGAAUUUUCUGAGCGCGGCGCCGCUGUAGGCCUCCCAGAUCAUGCCAUUGAUGCCCUGGAAGCCAUCAUUCCCUCAGCUCGACAGAGUGUCUUGGACAAGGCGGGCGCAGUGCCUUCAAACUCGUCGCGCAUCAUGCUGGCUUCCGGACCACAUGCUGGUGAAAAGGUCUUUGACAUUCCGACGAGCGAGAAGAAUGUUAUUGUUCACCGCGCCGCCCUCCUCUCUGCCCUGGUCGCAACGCUACCCAAAGAGGCUCUGCAUGUCAACAAGAGGCUCGAAUCGGUCAAAACCGAAGGGGACAAGCUUCAUGUCACAUUCACCGACGGAAUCACCGAGACUUUUGACGCCGUCAUUGGCGCCGAUGGCAUCUUCGGAUCAGUGCGCAAGCACGUUCUCCAGGACGGUGCUUCAGCCCACGCCGCAACGCCUGCCGGAUUCUGGGACUGCAGAUACCUAGUCCCGUUCAAAAAGGCCAAGGAGAAGCUCGGGGAUGAGUACUUUACAGAGCAUCGACAGUAUGGCUGGUGUGGAGAUGGGGCCUUCAUCAUGCACGACGUCCUAGAUAAUGGCGAGACAGUGCAGUGCGUCAUUUCCGCAGUCGAAAACGAGCAACGGAAAGAGCGUAACCAGCCCCUGACUCGUGAUGUCCUUGAAAAGACUCUACACACAUGGCUAGAUGGCCCUAUUGCAAAAAACAUGAUGGAGCUCGUUCUCGAAUGUCCUGAUCUGAAAUUGUACUCUCAGUGGGAACACAAAUCUACGCCGAUAUACUCCAAGGGUAACGUUUGCCUCAUGGGUGAUGCGGCUCAUGCAAGCACUCCUUGGCAGGGCAGCGGGGCGGCGAUGGCAAUUGAGGAUUCUGCAGUACUCGGCGCACUACUGGGCAAUGCUAAGUCAUCAGCGGAAAUUGCUCUCGCCUUCAAGGUGUACGACCAAUUGCGACGACCUCGUUGCCAGAGAAUCAUCGACUCUAGCAAAGCCACGGGAAAACUCAUGUGCGGUCAGGGCCCGGCAGCUUCUGCCGAUGCUGACACCAUGCGUAGCCUCAUGGGCGAGCGCUGGGAUUUUAUCAAGGACUUUUCCAUUUCUUCAGAGAUGGAAAAGUCCGUGGCGCAACUGGACGAGCUAAGUAAUCAUAAAUAA